CUGAAAGUAUCAGUACCUGCCGCGAUAACAAGCGCGAACCGACGUCGACGUCGGCGACAGCGACGCGACGCCCGCGAAUUUUGUUUGUGUGCUUCGGUUUUACUUCCGAAAGUGCUUUUCUACAGGAUGUAGACAGGAACUACAAUUUUUAUAUUGCAGUGAAAGUGCUGCAGCCUCGAUUGUCAACACCGUCAUCAUCAGCCACCGUAUGUCUGCCAGGUGAGCCUCUAGCCACGGAACUGUCGACUCAUGAAGAACGACAACGUAAGUCGUGCGUAAAAUGCACCUGAGAGAAGAAAUGAGAGGAAAAAACGAUGAUGAUAUGAGUUAAUGAAGCUGAAUCAGGAAGAUGAGGAAACAAACGGACAAGCGUCGUGUCACGUUCAAGAAUGUGAUCAGGACUUUAGGUGGAUAUAUUGUGAAAAUAAAGUUCAAGAACCUCCUGUGGAUAAUUUGUGCAAUUGUGUUAAACUUUAGUGCUUUAGUGAGUUGUAAUCGUCCACCUCGUUUCGUACUAGAUGGACAAAACGAAAUCGUUUUAAGACUGAAGGAAGGAGAGAAUACACCUGUAGGCUCAAUUAUAUAUAGGUUAGAAGGCUUUGAUCCUGACGGGGAUCCUCUUACAUUUGGCAUUAGUGCUACUCCAGGAAGUGACGUCAUACGAGUAGAAAAUACCUCGCCAACUGAAGCUAACAUUUACCUCAACAGGGAGCUUGACCGAGAGGAGCGUGAUGAGUACCUGCUGGCUCUAACCCUGACCGACAACCGUCUGGGUCGCGGCAACUACGUCACCCAGAGUCUUUUGUUGCUGGUAGAGGACGCCAAUGACAACGCACCCAUCUUCCAGCCAUAUCCACCCAGCAUCACCUUGCCAGAAGAUACGCCUCCAGGGGUGAUUGCUACUUUACGAGCAACUGAUGCCGAUUUGGGACCCUACGGACAGGUGGUCUAUUAUCUGCAGCCCGAAGGGGACGAAAGGUUGUUUGGGGUCAGCACUGUCGGAGAAAAAGCUGUCAUCAAGUUACUUGGAUCGUUGGACUACGAGAGGCAAACAGUCCACCAAUUAAGAGUUCUGGCUGUAGAUCGAGCUAAAGAAGGCAGAAUCAAUACCGGUACGGCUGCUGUGUUGAUCAAAGUGGAAGACGUCGAAGAUCAACCUCCUGAGUUCAUUAGAGUCACUCCGGUAGCAAGGAUUGCGGAAAAUAGUCCAGUGGGCACUGCUGUCUUGCAAGUUGCUGCGGUAGAUGGAGACCAUGGCAUAAAUAACCCAAUCGAGUACCUCAUGUCAUCAAACAGUUUGAAUACAAUCGCUAAUGUAUUUGCUAUAGAGAGAACUACUGGAGUAGUUAGAACAGCGAACGCAUUAGAUCGAGAAGCACUGGAAGCAGAAGCUGGUACUUAUAUACUCCAGAUAACUGCCUUCGAGGUAGGCAGCAAAGUUACACCAAGACCAUCAGCUGUCACAGAAGUUACAGUUAUCAUUACAGACGUAAACGAUGAGAGGCCUACUUUUAGAAAUAAUGGCUAUGAAUGCCAAAUUGCUGAAAACUCUCCAGUGAAUACACCUUUGACAUUCAUCGGAAAUACUUUACCAGAAGUAUACGAUUAUGACCAGGGCAUUAACGGCACAUUCUAUCUGUAUGUGAAAGGUGCGGGUGACGUAUUUGAUAUUACACCCAACAAAGCCCUAAAUGAGGCUACUUUUAUGAUACGUGUCAGGAACAGUACGAUUUUAGAUUAUGAAAAAAUAAAAACUAUAAACGCCACAUUGGUAGCGAAAGAAGUUGUUAAAUACAAACCUAAAUUCAGCGAAGUCCCCGUCAUAGUCCAUGUGCUAGAUAGAAAUGACAACUUUCCGGAAUUCACCAAAAGCAUGUACGAGGUAUGGGUACCAGAGAACUGUGAUAUUGGGACCACUGUGGCUUGGGUACAAGCAUUAGAUAGCGACUCAGGAAACUAUGGUACCAGAGGUAUCAUAUACACCAAUAUAAUUGGCAGCAUAGAUUAUAUGUUGAAUCUACACCCAACUACUGGACUAAUCACCGUAAAAACAGCAGGAGGUCCAAACUGGGACCGUGAGCAAGUCUCACGUCACUUUCUAACAGUCGAGGCCAGAGAUGAUCUUGGUAUGGGCAACAGGAACUCAGUCCAGCUCAUUAUAAAUAUCGAGGAUGUAAAUGAUAACCCACCCGUUUUCACACAAAUCAAAUAUGAAGCUCGAGUGCUGGAGAAUAGCGAAGAGUUCUUUCAGCCAUUGAGAGUGGAAGCCAGAGAUGCAGAUUUAAAUGGCACUUUGAACAGUCAAAUUGAGUACGACUUAUUAGGAAAGCUGCACGCCAACUUUACUAUGGAUCAUGCCACCGGAGUAGUAAGAAUAAGACAUCCUAUCGAUUUUGAGGACCUUGUUGGACCUCCUGAAGAAAAUGUUCGAACGUUACACUUUAUAGUGCGUGCAAUGGACUUAGGAACACCCAGUUUGUACACAGAGGUACCGCUUCUAGUCUAUGUAGAGGAUCUAAAUGAUCACCCUCCCAUUUUUGAGAAGAGGUAUUACAACAGGUCAAUACCAGAAGACGUUAUUGGUGGUACUUCCAUUAUACAGGUAAGAGCAAUUGACCAAGAUGGAUCUUCACCAAAUAACCACGUAGUGUAUCGAAUUCAAAGUGGAGCAUACGACAAGUUCGUGAUUGAGCCUGAAACAGGUCUGAUAACAGUAGCAAGAGGAGCUACUUUAGAUCCUGAUCUUACUCAUCCCAGAAAAACUGAAUAUUCCUUAGUGGUGCUAGCGAUUGAUGGAGCUCCAGGAGAUCAUCAACUACAAGCUACUGUUACAGUUAACAUUACAGUUCUGGAUGUUAAUAAUAAAGUACCUUUAUUUGAUGAUCCAGGAACGGUGUCCAUUCCUGAAAACACUCCGGUGGGAACAACAAUCACAAAACUGUCAUCCAUCGACUUGGACUCAACAGCGAAGUUGUUCUACAGAAUCCACGAAGAGCAAUGCUUAGCUCGAAACGAAAGAGGAAUUUUACUGAAAGAUUUUGAUUGUGCUAAGCAUUUUCAUAUUGAGCCACUGACAGGUAUUUUAUCUAUCGCCAAGCUCAUCGAUCGAGAAGUAGUUGAAAGUUUUCAACUAGGGUUGAUUGUCGAAGAUUUGAACUCCGAAACGGGACCUCAACUAGCCUCAGCAAAUAUGGUGAUCGAUAUAGAAGACGUUAAUGAUAACGCGCCAAAAUUCAGAGAGCCAUUCUACAAGUUUUCCGUCACUGAAAACAGCAAGCAUGGCGUUCCUAUUGGGAGUGUCGUAGCUGAUGAUCCGGACAAAAACAAAACUGUAAAUUACAGUUUGGAGGGACAAUCAGAAGCUACUAGUUUACUUUUUAUAGAUCCAGGUAGCGGAGACAUAGUAGUUGCGAAUAAAAUAGAUCACGAAAUUUUCGAAUGGCUAAAUCUAACGGUAAAAGCAACGGACUCUGGGGUUCCUCCAAAAGCCAGUCGUGUCGAACUGUUCAUUCAAGUAUUGGAUGAAAAUGACAACAGUCCCUAUUUUCUACCAGAACCCAGUGCAGUUGCUAUUCCUGAACACAUUCAUGUGGGAAGAGAGAUAGCUAGGGUAACAGCAAUGGAUGCAGAUUCCGGGGAAUACGGAAAGAUAACGUACAUAUUGGACAGGCUGUCAUCUCAAGGAAAAUUUAGUUUGGAUGCUGAUGCGGGAAUUUUGAAAGUGGUGGAUAAGCUGGACAGGGAAGAGAAAGCUAGUUAUCUGUUGGUUAUAGAAGCGUGGGAUAAUUAUCAAUAUGGAUUUAACUCUGGGGAAAGCAGGAAUGCGUUCAAACAUAUUAAUGUAACCAUCCUGGACGUCAAUGAUAAUCCACCAAAACUACACGUUCCUCCAUACUGUAUCAACAUCACCGAGUUUCAUGACCCUGGCUUACCUAUCACGACGAUCCACGCUUCAGAUGCAGAUGACCCAAAUACUUCAAAUGGCCAGGUAAUCAUUGACAUUGCUGAUGGCAACGACAACGAAAUAUUCGAUCUGCAACAGAAGACCGAAUGGUCAGCUGAAGUUAGAUCAACUGGAUCCCUCAGAGGGAAGUUUGGAAACUAUACAUUAUUAAUUAGAGCUCAAGACUUAGGGACACCAAGUUUACUAGUUGAAGAACCAUUGAACAUAUGCGUAAUGGAUUUCAACGAUCAUCCGCCAGUAUUUGUUAGCCCACCUCCAAAUUCUACCUUAAAAGUUCCCGAGAACGCUACAAUUGGAAGCGCUCUGGUACAAGUGAUCGCAACUGACGAAGACAUUGGCCAAAAUGGCGCUGUGCGUUAUAGAUUGAAAGCUGAUCCUGCUGGACAUUGGAAACAUUUUGAGCUGCAACCUGUUUCAGGAAUACUUGAGUUGCGAUUGCCACUUGACAGGAAAAAACAAAAAAUAUAUGAUAUCAGAAUCGAAGCCUACGACUUAGGAACACCUACUUCUUUAAGCACUGAUCUUGAUUUGACUGUAUAUGUCAGCGAUAUGAACGAUUAUCAACCUCAGUUUAUGAUAGAUGAAUUUCACGUGAAUUUUACUGAAAACAGGCCAGCAGAAAGUGAAAUCAGAAGACUCCCCGAAACUGUGGAUAGGGACGAGUACGAGUACGAAGGCCCUGUGGGUCCCAUCUGUUAUUUCAUCAUAGGUGGCAAUGAAGAUGAUUUGUUUCAUAUCAAUCCCAUUGACCAUACCCUUAUGGUUACAAAACCAUUGGAUAGAGAGGAAAAAGAUAAAUACGUAAUUUUGAUAAAAGCUACAGAAGACUGCGCUAGACCACCCAAAAACGAAAGCUUUUUCGAUGAAGACGACGACACGCAACUGAAAGUAAUUGUUGAUGUUUUGGACGUUAACGACAACCCGCCAAAGUUCAUCCACAAAAUAUUCACUGGAGGUGUAAGCACAGCUACACUCUUUGGUACGAAAUUCAUGCACGUUAAAGCUGAAGAUCCAGACCUUGGCGAGAAUGCAGUCGUAUCGCAUUAUCUCGUUGGAAAAGUGCAAAUGACUCUUACCGAGGGUCUGGAAAACCUUCAAAGGACACCGUUCAUUGUGGAAAGAGAAACCGGUGCAGUCCAGCUUAAUUUUGACCCUCAAAGAGGCAUGAAGGGAUACUUCGAUUUCAUGGUGCUAGCAAAUGAUACUGGAGGUUUAAAAGACACCGCUAGAGUGUUCAUUUAUCUGCUCAGGGAGGAUCAGAGGGUGCGAUUUGUUCUUAGACAGCAACCAACUGAGAUAAGGGAUCGAAUAGAAGUAUUCAGAGAAGUACUCGGAAACGUGACAGGUGCCAUAGUCAACGUAGACGAAUUUAGGGUGCACGCGAACCAUGAUGGUACAGUAGACAAGACGAGGACGGAUUUAUAUUUACAUUUGGUUGAUAGAAACGAUAAUUCUAUAUUGGAGGUAGAAGAAGUAUUGCGAUUAGUGGACCAGAACACUGAAAGGCUUGAUCCAUUGUUUAAGGACUUUAACGUAUUGGAUACCCAACCAGGCGGAACGUCAGCCCUAAGAGCCCAAAUACAAAAUGCCAAUAUUACGUUCUGGCUAAGCGCUAGUACCCUAUUUUUACUUCUGUUACUGCUGCUUUGUUUAGCCUUAUGCAUAAACCAGAGGCAGAUGUACCAUCGAAAACUGAAAGCAGCAACUGCAACAGCGUAUGUGAGUGCAGAUGAUAUGGACAGCAAAGGUCUAAGUAUCCUCAGCGGCAGAGUGCCAAAUACAAAUAAACAUAGUUUAGAAGGAAGCAACCCAAUAUGGUUGCAAGCAUAUGAAAACGAGUGGUACAAGAAUUCUGAUGAUAUCAGUCAAUCCGAAUGCGACUCCCUAGACGAAAACGUCAUCACCUGUGGUUGCGAGGACGCUCCAUCCGAAGAACCAACUCCUCAGCCAAACGGACAACCGAGGAGCCAAAACGUGUACCAAACCCUUCCGGUUCCUCCUAACAAGAAAAUGGAGACGACGGAAUUAUGAUUAAGGGUUAAAGUAAACAAUUUCUUUAAGAUCAAUAAGGUUUCUCCUUUAAAUGAUAUCAACGGAGAGGAGGAGAUAUAAAAGUACGAGGGCCAUUUUUAAAGUGAGAACAGAUCGCGCAUCGUGAUGUCCGUUUAACCUCAGAUACUCUUGGCCAUUCUCUGACUACGCGGCCAUUACGUUUCACGUCUCUACCGGUGGUGGUUGGCUUUUUAAUCCCAAAAAUAUUCCUCCUGCUGAAAUUCAUGCGCAGCUUGUUGGAUUAGAACCCACGGUGGGUCCUGCGUUCUAGCGGCGACGUUCUGCUUCACGACAACGCUUGGCCUCACGUUGCGGCAAGAAUACAGACGCAACUAGACAAGUUUCGUUGGUAAUUACCGGAUCAUCCACCAUCAGACUUUCCUCUUUUUCCAAAUAAUAAGGAACAAAACAAAAAGCAAACACGGGGACGUGGUCUUUUGAAAAACUAACUAACUCAAGUAGAUAGGACACAUUUGCUUUUCGGGAUGAAGAUGAAAAUCAGCUUGGCAAAACUAUUGCUAGGUGGCGAUCGAUGAAUUUUCAUUUACUUGCGUACAAUGUUUUGUGCGCACUGAAAGAUUAUUUAAGUCUUUGAUAUACAUUACGAAAAGGAAGGGACCUAAUGCUGAUCCUUGUGAAAACAAAUUGCUACCGAUCUUUGAGAAAUAAUGAUAUCCAAGACGAAGCAUUGCCUUAUCCAGCCAAAUUGUCCAACAAAAUGCAGUGAUCUACACAAUUGGAUGCCUUCAUAAACAGUUCUCUGACUCCAUCACACAACGGUUCUUACUUAAAAAAUGGCUCGUAUUUAAUGUACGUUCUUUAAAGUCUCCUCAUAGAUGGUAAGAGUGUAUAGGAUAUCUGGAAACAUGGAUGUCCACAUGAUUCCCCUUCUCUUCUGUUAUUUAAAAGCUUAGAUGUGACCUCUAGUUGAUCCUACUAUUGGAGGCUGCAUAAGCAAUGAGACCUUAAUGAAUGAGUGUAUCGGAAACGGGUGAAAUCAAGCAGACUGGACGUUCUGAUGAGUCUCACUAGCCAUUGCAGAGCGAACAGAAUUUUUUCUCUUAAAACUGCAAAGAGGAAGAGACUAUAUUUACCUUUAUCCUAUGUCUUAGAAGAGAGACGAAACAUUUCUCAAGGAAAUAUGCAGAGCGCAAUCGCCUGAAAUACUUGGUUUAGCGACGUUUGGUAGAAAAUAAAUCUUUGCCAGAAGCUGUGGAAUAUUUCGCAAAGUCCAAGUCCAAAAUACAAAAGAGGGUUUCUGAGAUUGAAAAAGAGGGGUGAAGGAUAAUUUUUGAAAUGGAAGUAUUUCCCUUUUUGAAUAUUUCAGGUAUAUUAACAUUAAUUGUCCAGUAGAUAUUAAAAAUUCUUUGCAUUAUACAUGUAAUAUUCCUUUUAUUCAGGGGUCCGCAACCCCUGUAGCUUAGAGAUAUAAAGAGGGAUAUCAUGAGCCAGAGAAGAUUUUAAUUUUAACGGUUUAUAAUGUAGUGCCAAUGCUAUUUUAACGAAUAUGUUAGAUAAAAUGUUAUAUUCACAAAACGCAUUUAUUUCGAUAACACAGUGCAAUAAUUUAUACCAAAAUAUACGUUAACAUUAUUUAUUUUGUGAUUAAUUCUGAAUGCCUUUCUGUGGACCAUUUACGAAAAAUAAAAGAGUUAUGAAGAUUAGGUACUAGUAGUUAUAUGAGGUCAAUAAAAAUAAAAAAAAAUUAGAUAUAAGAAUUUUGUUUGUCUUCUAAUCUGGAGGCUUCAGCUUCAGAUUUCCGAUAAGUUUAGUUUUUGUACAGUAUUUUAAUUAUUAUAAAAUGUUGAGUAUCUAUUUUAAUUUGUCUUGAGUGUUUCUUUAAUCAUAAGGUUGAUAUACAAAUUAAGAAAUGGGGGCGAUAUUAAACCAGCUUGCUCUUGCAUACAACCCUCUUCUGAGUACAUUUGUAAUAGAUACCGAACUGUAAAAACAUAAAUUACUGUAGAAUUUAAGACAAAAUUUGUGGAAAAGCAAGCAAAUUUAAUUUGUAUUUUUAUCAAAUUAAUAUGUGUGUUCAUAGAAUAACCAGUAUGUAAAGCAUUUCAUUUGAAACAUGUAAAAACCUUAACAACGAAAUAAAUUAUAUUUUGACGACGG